UACUGGUAAGUUACUGUCAGACUGAAAUGUAACUGGUCAAGUCACUGAUCAAGACAAACUGCAUGUCAUUCGUCAAGUCACUAUGACUAAUUUUUUUUUGUUUUUUGUGCAAGCAGUAUUGGUUCUGUCAAAAGACUGGAAAAAUCAAGCCAAUAUCUGGAAGGGAGAACGAAGAUCAUGGGAUGAGAAAAUGGGACAUCCAGAAGCUGAUACAGAAUUGGACAAGUUUUAACAGCUUGAAAAAACUAGAGAAAAUCUUUGAAAACCUGAAGGAGGAUAGAGAGGAAUCAGAAUCCGAGGAAGAGGAGAAUAGAUCAGAUGAAGCAAAGACAGUUCCGGAAGGAGAGGAAAAAGGAGCUGAUGAUCAGAAUUGUGAAAACGAAGAAGAUAACCUACAAGUUGAGGUGGCUGAACAGGAAACAACUUCAGAAAAAAACAAGUGGGAGAAAGAGCUUCAGAAAAAGGAGGAGGAGAUAAGAUAUAUGACUGUGGAGAAAGAUAAUUUGAAGAAAAAACUGAACGAAAAGGAACAGGAACUAAGGAAAAUCACGGAGGACAUGGUGAAUCUGGAGGAACGAAAUGCUACACUUGUGACCGAGAAUUUCUGCCUUGCAUCAUCGGUGAAGGAGUUAGAGAUAAAAUUGAAGGAAUUGGAGCAAAUGUUGAGCCCAAAGACUCACACAUCAACAGCAGCUCAGCAGCACAGCUCCCCACCACCUAACUCAGCAGAAGAAAACACAGAAAAGAAAGAUCAAUCGACUGUUGAGGAAAGUCAGUCCCAAGGGAUCUGCACAGUCGAAGAAUCUGCAGCAGCAGCAGCUCAAUCUCCACCUCACUGCACAGUGGCAGAAGAAACUCAAUCGACACCUCCAUCACACAAGGACUCACAGUUCCAGAGCCCCACAGUCCACAUGCUCACAGUGGCGGAAAUGGAACAACAAGCUGACAUGUUUCAGAUAGUGAAAAGUCCUAUAGUUGAAGAAGCAUCUCAACUUCGUACGUUGAGCAUAGAGAAAGAGAAGAAGACACCAGAGCAGAGCAAAAAGGGCCAGUUAACAAUGCGCCUUACACAGCAACAUUCUGGUGAAACGAUGGUAGCACAACAGAAGUUGGACGAUGUACCAGAGGAUGUUCGGGAAGCAAUAAGACAGAUGGACGCUGCAGAAAAUGCACAAAUCAAUAAAGAGCAAGAAGAGAAGCAGCUACCUCCUGAGGUCGUAGACUGGGAGGAGAGCAAAGUAUACAAUUUUAUGGACCAGGACACCAAGAGGAGAGUCCAGAAAUACUGGCAAAAUGCACCAUCAGGGUAA